AUGCUUUACCUCUUAUAUCCACAUGACGCGAUCGAAACAAACAAGCCAGCCUAUGCUGUCGACCGCCUGGACGCUGUUGACGAUAUCAUGCUUCAAGACCUGCGAAAGUGGGGAUGGCGAGUAGAAGAGACCACGAAUAACGAUCCUAGGUGGCCAGUCGCGAGACGAGAGUACCGUAAGCGGAUGGAGGGAGAAGGAGAGGGCGAAGAAAACAAGCCUUCCCUGUGGGAUUAUUGGCGCAAGGAGAAUGCGCGAAGACUAGCACAGGAUAAUGAUAAGGGUAGGCAGCGUAAAAGGUUGACCAAAUCACCUCGACCGGGGACUGCGAGUAGUCAUAGGAGCAGCUUCACGGGACUUGUGAAUGGGAAAGACUCUGAGAAGCUGGCAGAACCACAAGGGAAUCCUCAAGUGGGAGAAAUCCAUAAGAAAGAGAUGCAUCUGAUGAGUGGAGCAAACCAGGAACGAAGGACGAUUGCUGAGAUCAGACAGCAAACGGCGCAGAAGAAAGAGGUAUCGGAUGAUUGGAAUAAGCCCGACCCUGCCAAGUCGCUCGGGAAACUCGAUCCUAAAGCACCCAUGAUCUACCACUACGGUGCCGGAAAUGAAGCCUCAGCGGUAGCCAACGGGGAACUAGAGCUUGAGCUCUUGCACGAGAUCCAAGCGUGGGUCGGCCUAGGAGGAAUUCUCAAGACGACGCAAGUCUCUGUGAUUUCUGAUCUAGGGAUCUGUGUCGACGAUAAGGGUGAGCGAGUUUAUUUCCCACCAAAGUGGAACCUCCCACUGUUUCCGUGGGAGGAGGAAGUGUCACGGUCGAGCUCGACCAAAGGCAAGGACCCGUCGGCGAAAGGCUCAUUGGAGUACGUGACAGCUGAUUUCGCCGCUGUCUUUGAGGUCGCUGACAGCUGCCAGGAGAAAGAUGAGCCAGAUCAAGAGACUCAUAGCGUAGACUAG